CUUCAGAAUCCUCAUCUUCACUCUCUUCGUCACUAGCCGCCUCCAUCGUCUUCUGGGUCUUUCUAGCUACUGCCUGCGCCUUCAGUCUCUUCCGUUGCAACCACUCAUCCCCUUCCCUCUUCCUCUUCCGCGACUCAUCGUCCGAAUCACCCCCAUCCAAAUCACCAAGCAAAUCUGCUAAUCCCUCAUCAUAAAACGAUUGUGGCAGCUUCCCUUUCUUCCCCUUAAUACCCAACUUUUUCUCUAGCGCAGAUAUCUCCAUAUCGUCCGCCGCCAGUUUCUCCUCCACAGCUCUCGAUAUUCUAGGUCGCACUGUAGAACUCUCGUUUCCGCUCUUAGAACCUUCUUCCAGGUCCUCCUCCUCCUCCUCCUCUGAUUCAACCUCAAACUCAUCAUCGGCUUCUCUCCGCGUCUUCAAAAUCGACUUUGGCGCCGUUCCCGCAUUCAGCUUCGCAUUCAGUUUCGUUUUCCCGCUCGCCUGUCUACCAAUAGACGGAGCACUUCUUCGCAUAUUUCCAUCGCCAUCCCGCGCGCCUCCUUGAGACAAUUUCCCUCGCUGCCCAUGCUGCGCCCUUUUGUUGUUCGCCCGCUCCACUUUCCGCUGCUCUUUGCGGGAGAGGCGCGCAUUGUGUCGGCGAUCCCCUCUACGCGCAUUCGUGGGGUCUGGAAGGCCUAGCUCCUCUCGGAGCUGUUUUGGGAGCUGCGUCGUGUUAUAUAGAGGGCGUGACAUAGUCGUGGAGCGAUAAGACUGACUGGCUAAACAGCUCCUACGCUUGGGCUAAAGCUAAUAAAUUUUCUAGUUCUGGAUGGGGAAUUUUUUUUUCUGCCCCUCGAGAUGGAAGGCGGUGUGCGGAGGUUCUGCUACAACCCCACGAAAGUCCGAUUUGGGGAAUACAUCAGCACCUCAUGGUGGUUUUGUACAGACGGCGGAACUCACGACCCCCGAUGUGGACAUUACUUGCGUAUCUGAUAUUAUAAACUAUACAUAUAUCCCUCAAGUAGAAGAACAUAUAAUCUCGCAAGAAAUCCGAUAAAAUCUCACAAGAUUAGCUCUCACAAGAUCAGCUCCCCUCACACUCCGCCCACAUAUAUAUUGCAGCCCAAGAUGUCCAGCCCGCACGUCUCUAAUGAUGAGUUCUUCACGGCCCUAAAAGCCCUCCUCACAACACAGUCCACAAAAGCGCGCGGCUCCAUAUUCCUCACGCAAAAGCGGUUACCUCCCUUCGGCACAACUCCAAUCACCACCACCACCACCACCUCCUCCUCCUCCUCACAGUCAGAAGCGACCCCAUCAAUAUCAGCGUCGCCCGCACUAGCACCCGUGCCUGUCCUUGUCCGCGCCACAAACGGCCGGCACAAAGAGGCCAAGUCAAAGGUGUCAACCGUCGUACAACCGGAUGACAUUGAAGGGUUUUUUGUGCGAUAUGCGGAGGUCUGUAAGAUGGGGAUGGUGGGGAUGAAGAGGAGGGAUCGAAGUGGGAGAAAGAAGGGGAAGGGGAAGGGGGGAAAGGGGAAGGCGUAGAACCGGGAUUGCGCCUUACGGUAUGGGAGGGGGUUAGUCACAUGUGGCAGAGGGUUCUUGAGAUUAUGCCAGCUUACAUUUGGUUGUCUGGCGUUAUGGGGGUUUAUUUUCUUGAGGGGUUAUGAUUUGCUUAGUUUGUAUUGGAAUUGUGAUGUUUCAUUUUAUUGAGAUAAACGGGGAUCCAAGGGCGGGAGCUCUGAAUAUAGAACUUUUAGUGUGGAGUUGAGAUUCUGACGUAGACUGAAAAUGUAUUCGACCCAUUUUCAGCAAUAUGAAAUAUACCCACAUAGCAUGAGAUAGUGGAAUCUUACAGACAAAUAAAUCUUAACUCUUAAGAAACGCCGCAUCCUAAUACAAACAUAGAAAAGUACAUAGAGGCAGAUCAUGAUAAUAAUCCAGUAAUAUCAAAGAAAUUAAAGAAGGACAAAGGAAAUGAACGCUUAUGCAUAUACAGAAUGCAUGUCAUGAGAAAAAGGCCGUAAAUCAAUUCAGCUGGCAGAAAAUCA